AUGAUGGAGACGUGGUAUUCAAGAGCGGGUAGAGUCGGUCGUUACGACCGUACUGCAAUCGCAUAUACAUUCAUGAGACCUGGUGUAGAUGAUCACGCGGCAUCGGAAUUCAUAAAGAUUGAAGAGCAACAGGGAGAUGUAGCGAUGCAGUUUCUUCUGGAUGCGAAGGCUCGCCACGAUAAGCAAAAGGGAAUUGUAGAGGGACUCAAGAAAGGAGAGUCUUCGUCAAAUUCAUGA